GAAAGCCUGAACUUUGAGGAGAGUAAAUAAAUACAUACAACGUAUCUAAAGAGAUACCAUUGUUUUGUAUGUGCGGAAGGCUAUUCAUGCGUAUUUUGUGCACCUAAACGCAGUACAAAUAGCUGUAAGUCCCCCAUAGGUAGAUAAAUAAAUGAGUAGCAACUAACCACUGUACAGCAUCUACUGGUUGAAUCCACUAUCGUUCCAAGAUGCCUUCCGAUAAUGAUGGCACGGCAAAGCCGCAAACCUCAAAGAGUUCUGAGGGAGCCUCGUCACCCAUGGCGCAGGCCAGUCGUAAAAUUAAGUCCACAGCCGGGUCUGUCGCAAAUCAGGUACAGAACGGAGUGAAAAAGCUUGUGCCACAAACGGAAUUUUAUUGGCCUGAGUGGGUGGCUCCUCUGAGUACUCCCAUAAGUCGCAGGCGGCAGACUUUGGUUGUCUUGCUGUUCCUAUCCAUGCAGUCUCUGAGCGUCGUACUGACCGUAACAAUGCUCUACAACAUUAUGUACACUUGGUGGUUCAUGAUUCCUUACCUCACUUGGGUUUACGUCUUUGACGCCGAGGGUCCCAAGAGACCCGGAAGACGUCAGAAAUGGUUCAGAGAUCUUCCCCUGAUGAAAUGGUUUGCAGAUUACUUUCCCAUUUCUCUGCACAAGACCGUUGACCUGGACCCAAAGCGCAACUACUUGUUCGCAUAUCACCCGCACGGCAUCAUUGGCAUUGGCGUUGUGACAUCAUUCGGAACCAAUUCCCGUGGUGUCGAUGAGAUGUUUCCCGGGAUUCAGAUUAGUCCCAUGACGCUGUCUACGAACUUCCGCUUUCCAUUCUAUCGCGACUACCUCAUGGCGCUCGGAUUUGCGGAUGUGGGCCGCACCUCCAUCAACAACCAUUUGGGUCCUACUGCUAAACCGGGAAGCUCGUGUCUUAUCGUUGUCGGAGGGGCCGCCGAAGCACUGGAUGCCAUCCCCGAAACCAUGGAUCUCACUGUGUUGAAACGAAAGGGUUUCGUCAAAAUGGCUAUUCGCAACGGAGCGCCUCUCGUUCCCGUAAUCGGAUUCGGCGAAAACAAUCUGUGGGACCAGGUGCCAAACCCUCGUGGAAGUGAUCUCCGGGAGCGCCAGAAUGGUAUCAUGAAAAGGCUGGGCUUCUCCACCCCAUUGCUAUUCGGCAGAGGCGUGUUCCAGUACAGAUACGGCAUUGUCCCGUACCGAGCUCCCGUGCAUGUUGUUGGUACGUACAUAUGA